AUGGAACAGUUGAUAAGCGAACUUUAUCAGCCUGCGAAUCAGGCAUCACCGGAGCGUAUAAAUGAGAUCCAGAAGCAGAUCCAACGAUACCAGCGCGACAAGUCAGCAUGGCAACUGGCUUUGGACCUUCUUCAUCAUGGAGAAGCCACCACAAGAUUCUAUGGUGCCUUGACCCUGACUAUCAAGAUCAAUGCUGACUGGGACCAUGAUGGGUUGGGGAAAGACGAGUCCAUGAGGAGCGCUCUUCUAGGAGCGCUGGUAGGCAAUUACAUACGUUUAGCGAAUCUACCCGAUUCAAAGUUCGUUCUCCAAAAGCUCGGUUCGACUCUUGUCAGCUUCUUUGCGAGGCCAGAUUCAGGCUGGGACCUUCCAUUCAGACAGAUAUUGGCCUCUUCUCUGAGCAAGGGCUAUAUCUCCGAUGAUUUACCGGACAUGGAUCAAUUGCUGGACGCCUGCACCGACUGCUCCUACAAUGAGCUUAAGGGGACCCUCCUGAUCGCCAUAAUCAUGGCAGAAGAUUUGAGCAGUCGCUCUUCCAGCUCUCUAGACGAAGGGAGACUCAAUAACCGCGUGGCAGCCAACUCCUUAGACGUAUGGCUCCUCUUGAGGUAUUGUGUACAGCGCGGGAUUCGUGGCAACCAGCAGGCAGAAGCCACAGCACCGGAGCAGGCACGGACCCAGUCUGAAGACAUUCUCCAAAUGGUUAUGAAAGCGAUACCGUAUUGGGUCAACAUGACCAAAUAUGCAGAAAGUACUCAAGCCCGGCGAAGUGAAGGCAUUGCCAGAGACUGCAUUGCCACAGCAGUCAAUUAUCUCCAGCAGGAAACCUACACUGGAUCGGUGCUUCAAAUGCUGAUUUCGCUGGAGAACUCUUCGACAAAACUCCUCCGAGAAGCUCUGCCAGAUUUUCCGACUAGCAUUACCAAUUCUCCCAAAGCAAGAGAAAUGGUGGAUCUCCUCCUUCAGGGCGACUUCAUUUCAGACGGCGUUCUUUAUGUGGAUCUGCUCGAGUCUAUCAUGAGUCACAUAGACAUUACUAGACCCGACUUCCUGCACAAUCAAUACAACGAAGUGGUCAGAAUUUUACGGCUGCUUCUCUCCUGCGACGGUGUGGCCGUCAUCGAGGAUCCGGUGUGCCAAAUCGUCUUGGAGAGGAUUGGUGAAAUUGUCGAGGGCUAUGCUGACUGGGACCUUCAAUAUGUUGACGAAGCAGCGCAGGAAUUUAUCAAGGAUUUGACGGCUAAUGCGUGCGAAGCUUGCCUCCUUAAGAUCAGAAUUCCUCCGGAAGAGAUGUCCAGCGAAACCCAGUCCUGGGACGUUGACGACCGAGCAAAAUUCCAGGACUUUCGUUACGAUGUGCAGGACUUUUUCAACUCGGCUUUCAUGGUGCUUGGGGACGCCUUGAUCGGGGAAAUUGUCAAGAGCACUCUUGGGCAGAGUGUAGACUGGAGCACCUUUGAAGCAGGCAUUUUCGGUCUCAUGGCAUUCUCCGACGCUAUAUCAGCCACCCCAGAGAAGUACGAUGUCCUCAUCACUACGGUGCUGGGAAGCCCGGCCUGGGGCUAUCUACUUCAAACCGCCGACAAUGUUCCAGAUAGGGCGCUGCGGACUGCUAUUAGAUUCAUAGCAGAAAACGUGGCAUACCUUCAGCGACAUCCGGACAGGCUGGUCGCAAUCCUCAACUUCCUCUUCUCUUCGCUUCACAUGCAGGCGUCAACAUCUGCUGCUUCGCGGGCGAUAUACAAUCUAUGCGACUCCCAUAGAAGAAUGCUUGGAGAAGGACUACCUCUAUUCCUGGACUCUUUGGCUUCGAUAGGGGAUAUCGGGGAGACAGAGCGACAUCGGAUAUACGCCGCUGUCGCGGCCAUCAUUCAAGCAUUGCCGACCGAAGAAGCCAAAGUCGAGCCACUGUCCCGUCUUCUUUCGCCUAUUGGUCAUGCGUUGACAAUCCUGGACGGUGACAAUAUCGCCGAUAUCCUGAGAGGUUGCAUCGACAUUAUGCAGACCCUUGCCGCAAUUGGCAAAGGCCUGCGUUCCCCGGCCGAUAUCCCGCUGGACUUGGAAGCUUCGAGCACGAGUUAUUCGGAUUUUUGGACGACCGGGCAAGGCGCCAUCGCCCAACAGAAUGUACUCGCCAUGUACCACGCUACCGUGCAAAAAGUCCAACCCCACAUUGACUAUGUUUUUGUUGACGCCUGCUGCGACUUUAUCAAAUCCGGGUUCACCGAAGAGCAUCCGUCGCCAUUUAAAUUUCCAGACUCAAUUGGGCUGGAACUGGUCAAUCACUUCAUCAAUCUCGACAACCCAAGCAUUGACAAUGUCAUGGCUUGUGCAUCCAGUCUCCUGGCUUCCGUCAGCACGCAGAAUCUUCAGGCUAGCAUCAGCAGCCUUUUGUAUGCAGUCAUUUCCAACCAGCAGCUGCUUCUGUCAAUGUACCAGGAAACAAAACAACUCCCAAAUAGUAGUUUCCCAUCUAGUUCACUGGAUUUCCUCAGCCGCUUGCUCCACAAAUGGGCUACGAUGUGGUUUAGCAUGGAAGACAGUCAAAAUACAGCUGCCGUGUCGGUGGAGAUGGCCUUACUGGUCAUGGCAGACUCGGACACGCUUCCUCGUCGGUCGGCGGCAGGAUUCUUUGCUGCCUUUGCAGAGAACAGUGGCCCGGAGAGCGGGUUUGACAGCGGAGCGAAUGCACGGGUCAAAGGCGUGCUUCAAAGUUUUGGGCCGCGGAUUCUCUCACUGGUGCUCCGUCUUCUGGGAGGAGAAUGUGCACGUUCGGAAAUCGACAGCCUGACCGAAACCCUGAAAAGAUUCGUGCAGAAACAAUUUAUGUUGACUAAAGCGGUGCUCAGAGAGGCCAUCAAGCAGGACUCCGGGGUCAUGAGCGAUAAAGCCCUCAGUGCAACGACGUUAGAACAACGCAACCGGUUUGUGGCACAGGUCGAAGUAUUACGAGGCGCCAGAAAAACAAACGAGAUUGUGAAAGACUUCUGGAUUGCCUGUAGGGGGAGCGGAUUUGGAUACAUCGCCUGA